AUGGCAGAAAACGAAGGAUACGGCAAAGGGGGCGUCGCUAUCCCGGCUGAUGAAAACAAGAGUACCGACGAUAGCGACAACCGACAUCAGGAUGCAGGUGCAACUCCGAGAACAAGCCGUUGUUCUGAAGAAGAACCAAACGACAAGACCGACAAAAAACGCGACGACGGUAACGACGAGGGCGAGAACGACGAGUACGAAGAAUACGAAGAGGACGAGGUCGAGGAUGACGAUAAUAGCGACGAGAGAAGCGGAGGGGGUUCUCUCUGGUUCAAAGCGGAACGCAUUGUCAUAACCCUGCAACUCCUGGCGCUGGCCCUCGACGUUUACGGGGCACCCUGGCCGCCCCUCUUCGUGCGGAUGUGGAGUUGGGUCUGGCUCACGAAUCAGUACCUCCGGUGGCCUGCGCUCGUCCUCCUCCGACGUGUUGGGCGCGAAUUUUCUCUGACGUUCGGGGACGCGCAGCUCGACCUGUGGUUCUUUCGUGAUGUCAUCGGAUAUGGCGUCGAAGUCUGCGCCGCGUCGGUGGCCGUGUUCGUGUUCUUCUUCGUGCUGCAGAUGCCGGACUAUACGAGCUCCAAGCCGAAGGCCGCUUGGAGGCGUAGCUUCUUGACGCACUGGUUCAGGCGGACAUUGCCGAGAUACCUUCUCAAUCUGGGUCUCUGCUACGUGGCGUUCGCGGGUGUGACGUACUUUGGGGAAGUGUUUGUCCCGCCGGACGUGGUGAAGGCGGUGAUCGUAGUCGGGGGUACGCUCCUAACGGUCUCCUGGAUACUCGUAGUUCUUCUGUCGCUCUUGGUCCACGUCAACGUCCGAAUGGCGACGAAACACGAUGCGGAGUACUCCUUCAUGAUUGCAAUGAAGCAUGUGGUGAAGACCAAGGGCCGCACCUGCCUGUUCUUCCUCCACCUAGCGUACGUGCCUCUCACCGCCAGCAUCGUGCGAGCGCUCGUGCCGGAGUUCGAUUGGAACGACAAGUGGGCGCACGAGUCGCGAAGGGAGUACAACCACCACGUCUGGUGCAACUUCAUGGGAUUCCCGCCCCAGCUCGAGGGGACGGCCGAGAUGAUCGUCUUGGAGUGCACCAGCACGAGCGGGGUGGCGGUGCACACGCUCUCGGCCUGCCUCGUCCUUUUCUUCGCGUGCGGCCUGCCCAACAUGGUCAGGUACCUGGUACGGUUUCUGUUCGAAGGGUUCAAUGCCAACGUUGACGUCAUCAGGAGCUUUUUGCAGGCGCGGGAAGUUCACCAGAGCACUCUCGAAGCCCUGACGCCGUUCCCCAAGGAUGUCGUGUGGCUCGCCAGGCGAAGGAGAGAGAUUGCGUUCGCCCGGAAUGCGGCAAAUCGGCUCCGCCGGCGCGCGUUGCGUGUGGUGGUGGUUUCCUUGCGCCGGGUUCCCCUCGUCCGACGGCUGCCGGGCAUUCGGCCGCGACGACGAAAGAAGCAAAAGCGCUCUCUAGCAGAUACUGGUCGAGAAAAGCUCUCUAUUUCCGACGAAGAGCUUGGUGCCACCACCGCUACCGUUCAAGCAGGGUUGGGAGAAAGUGUUCGCAUUGAGGAAGACAACAAGGAUCCACCAGCGCCGAUUGGGGCACCUGGCACCACUCUCAGGGACGUGGAUCUGUACGGUCCGGGUGACAAGCAUAGCACCCAGAAGACAUUGGUGCUCUCACAAGGUACGACGGGGGCCACCGCCUUGUUGGAAGGGGUGGCAGGGGUCGCAGAGACUACAACCGCUAGGAGUGGGCCAGAGGAAACGAAACGACCAUACAAGGCCGGUGGUGGGGAGACUAGAAAGAAGAACGAGCUGCAGCGGCGGCAGCAGCAGCAGGCGUUGACGGAGAAGUCGGAAAAGAGCCACAGCCGUCUGGAAGAGUUUUGGCGCCGGCGAAGGAAGGCCUCGGUGGGGAUGAGGCAGGCGCUGCAGGCGGAGCGAGAGGCGUUCGCCAACGCCUCCCAGGAGUUCAUCCUCGCCCUGUCGGACUUCGAGUCGGACCACAGCCUGGAGAUCACCUGCUGGGAGUCGGUAGUGGACACCUCGGGUUUGCUCUACCUCUCCGAGAGCUACACCUGGCAAAGAUCCGAAUGGAAGGUCGUCGAGGGCCUGGAACGGGGCGCCUUCGUGACGGCUGUCGUGGUGUCCCAGCACCUGGGCCCGGCCUCCACGCAGCUGCUCGUCGGAGCUCUUGUCUUGGCCGUGUUCCAGACGUGGACCUUCCGAGCCGAGCCGUUCCUGUACUACCGUGAGGCCCUGCUAGACACUGGUCUGAGGGUGGCCCUGAUUCUCGUGCUGUGUAUCGGCGCCGCGGGCGCUGGAGGGGCCGUCCCGAAGUACGUCGUGGAUACUUUCUUGCUGGCGGUGGGGCUGGCCGGAAUAGCUGCCGCGUUAGUCUUGGGGGAAGUCGUGCGGGGGGCUAUGGUGUUUGUAGGGAAGACGCUUGCAGCGGCGGACGAGAGGGUCAACGACCUUCUUUUUCGUCAGAUCUUCGUGGUGAGAUGGGCCUCGCUGCGCGGCCUGGACAUCAGCAGGGCACGGACGUCGACUGGUCUGAGUCUCCUGCACGACUCGGUCAUCAACGCUGAAGUGGAGCCCACCAGGUGGCUCGUGCACCUAUACCCCGUUCUGCUCCAUGCCGAGACGCUUCACAAGGAGAGCCCGCUCUUGCUGGGGAUUUUGGAGACGGCGAGGGUUCUCCUGAGAAUGGAAGCGCUGACCGCGCGUCUCAACGACUGGGGCCUGGACCUUCCCGACAGCGCCAGCCAGGCGGGUCAGGGCUCCUUGCUAGGAGGGUUGGGACUACUCGGGGGUAAUGUCGGCGGGGGGCUCGGUAGUGCGUUAGGGGAUAUGGGGGGCAUGUUGGGAGGAGGGGUGGCAACGGAGGAGAUACAGAAGGAAGCAGACGAGGAGGAGGUAGCAGCACUGGCCUGGAAGGUGGGACGGCUGGCGGAAAUGUUCCUCUCGAACGAGCUACAGAACGCCGAGCUGCGGUGGAACGCCCACCAGUACGACCUGCUGACGGAGCACGGGGAACCCGACCUGUCGGAGCUAGCGCAGAACCUGGCGGAGGCCUUCAACGUCAAGCCGCCCAAGGGGUACGCUCACGUCCACCGCUGGAGAAAACGGGCGCGGUUCACGAGGGACUGCUUGGGAGAAGCAACGUGCGCGAGCAGGAGCGACGUCGACCUGGCGGGGUGCGGCCUGGGCGACAGAGGGUACAAAAGCCUGCUCUCCAUUUGCAGGGCUCUGUCGGUUCAGGCUACAACUUUUACCUGGCCGAGCCCGUACACGACACAGGUGCGGAUCAACGUGGUGAGGGUGGACCUCAGCGGGAACCGGAUGCGACGCAAGUCGGGCUACAGGAUAGCGGAUAUGCUGCUGCUCAACAAGACGAUCACGGACCUGAACCUCAGCGCAAACGCCCUCGACUCCGGGGCCGCCAAGGAGAUUUUCUUCGCCGCCCGAAAGAACCAGGUCCUGAAGCGCCUGGACAUUUCGGGCAACAAGAUCGGGCCGGAGGCCGCAAGCGGCCUCGCGGGUAUGGUGACGAAGAACCGCUCCUUGACCUACCUGGACCUCUCCGACAACCAGAUGGGGGAGAGAAAGUUCUGGUUGCCCACGGGGGAGAUUAUGCACGUUCCGAGCGCCGGCCCCUCUCUUGGCGACGCGCUCCGCUACAACCGGACGCUCACCGUUCUGAAGGUAAAGGGAAACUUGUUCGGGGCCGAUACCGGCCAUGCCUUCGCGAGCGGAGUGGCACGGCACCGAUCCCUGACGUGGCUCGUCCUGUCCGGCAACCUCCUGCUGCCCGGAGGGGGCAAGGCGCUGGCGCUCCGUCUCAACGCCGCCAAGCGCAGCACUCUCACCAGGCUCGAUGUUUCCGACAACCAUGUCGGCAAGAAGGCCGCCACGUUGUUCUCCGCAACCCUGAAGCGGAACAGGACCCUCCGCCAUCUCGAUCUCUCGCGCAACGAGCUCGGCACCCACGCGGGCAUCGCAUUCGCGACGUCGCUCCUCGUAAACCGGACCCUGGAAACCCUGGCGAUAGCCGGUAACGGGAUGGGCCCCAACGUUGCCAAGAACCUGGGCCAAUCCCUCGCGAAAAAUUCCUCCCUCAAGGACCUGGACCUCUCCGACAACGUCUUGGGAAUAGCUACGGCAGAGGGAGGAGAUCCGAGCGACCUGGGUCUUGCGCUGGGACACGGGCUUCGCAUCAACAAGACGCUGACGUCAAUAAAUUUAUCUGGCAACCGUCUCCCAACCUUAGAGAUGCAGCGAAUUGCCGAGGGUCUGGCAGAUCACCAGUCCCUCGCCCACUUGACGCUCACGGGGGAAGCCGUCAAUGACUCCGCGGCGCUCGACCUCGGUCGCCUCAUUGCCCAAGCCUCGGGCGCCGGCCUCGUCUCUCUCGACCUCAGCCGUUCCGCGCUCGCUGGCGUCGGGGCGGUAGCCGUAACUCGCGCCCUCACCACUGGCGCCCAUGGACUGGAGCGGCUCGACCUCUCGGACAACUCCCUGAGCAAGAACGCCGCUGGGGAGCUGGCGAGCGCUCUUCAGAACGACGAGCGGGGGGGUAGGGCUGGGUGUGGGGUGCGUUUCUUAGGCCUGGCGCGGUGCGGGCUGGGGCCGGUCGGCGGGGCGCUCGUAUGCAGGGCACUGGGCGGCAACAGGACCGUGGAGGAGUUGGACAUGUCGGACAACGGCCUAGGGCCGGUCGCCGGGAUGGCGUUGGCGAGGUCGCUCCGGGUGCUCUAUCGCAACGGGAAAACAGUGCGCCCUUGUCGCAUGCGCCGGCUGGACAUAUCCCGCAAUCCUUUGGGAAACGAAGCUGGGGUAGCCAUCCUCGGUGCCCUCGUGAACGAGUGCACACAACACCUCGACCUGUCUUACACUGAGUUGCGGGGCAAGGCCGCCGGGCUGGCCAUCGGUCGGAUGCUCCGAUGUCACACCAUCGUCCUGCAACACCUCAACGUCGAGCACAACAAUCUUGGCCGCCACGGGGUCAACGAGGUGUUCUGGGCGCUGCGGCGGAACGCGUCGCUGCUGCACCUGGACAUCAGCGACAACGGUGCGGGGGCCCUCUUUGGCACCGAGGCUGACAAGCUGGAAGAGUAUGGUACGACGUCCAUAAACUCCGCGCUGUCCCUCAAUCAGACCCUGCGCUUCCUGGACCUGGGCACGAACGGCCUCAGCGCGGAGUGUGGGUCGACACUAACGGCGUCCAUCCGCAGGAAUCGGUGCCUGGCCAACGUCAGCCUCGAGUACAACCUUCUGGACGACCAGGCGGCCUCCACCUUUGGGCGCAAGCUCCGGCGGGACCGCCAGAUGGACCACCUCAACCUCAACAACAACCGCGUGGGGUGGCGAGGCGGCCUGGACCUCGCCGCGGGGUUGGCGCUUAAUUCGCACCUCACAUGGCUGGACGUGGGGAAUAACAAGCUUGGCGAGGCCGGCAUGUUAGCGGACGUGGGGGGCAAGUUUGCGGCCGCCCUUGUGAAGAACAAGACUCUGACGAGGCUGAACAUGGAAGGGAACACACUGGGACCAUCGGGAGGUGUGGCGAUAGCCGAGGCGUUGCACCGGAAUAACAGCUUGGUGGAAAUCAACCUCGAGAACAACAGGCUUGACCAGGACGUGGGCUUCGCACUGGAAGACCUGCUCAAGGUCAACUUUACCCUUCACAGCGUCGGUGCUUCCGUGGGAGAGGUCGGGAUCGACAGUCGGGAGACCAUCGACAACAUGCUCGCGGCGAGGGAAAAGAUGCUCGAGACGACAACGGCUCACGACCCUUCCCAGACUCGAUAUCGGGAGUCCUCGCGGAACAGCGGCGGCGGCAGUGUCGGGGGGGGCAGUAGCAAUGGUAGCGUUGGUAGUCUUGGGGGUGACUCUGGUUCGGAAGGUUUUGCUGCGACCGGCACGAGAAGGCCUCGGAGCGCUCGCGCUCUGCGUGCUCAACAAGCCAAGACCGCUCGGAAAAGCUCGACGAUCAGACGAAAAUGA